AUGAACUCUCCUUCAGCUGAUAACGAAACGACUCCAGUAGAUUCCCGAACAGCGGCCAUUUCUCCAAUAACAACGUUUGUGUCACAACCACAACCUAUGUGGAGCACCACCUUCCAGAGAUACCUAAUCACUCUAUGGAACGCACAACAUGGACGCUAUUACCGGCAGCACUACAUUGAAGGCCAAGGCUGGGUAUUCUUUGACUGGCUGCCUGUGGGGCAAGAGACAGUCACUGCAUCGGGAGGUGGGCCUGCUGGUUAUGGUCGGGGCGAAAUGGUCUAUGCGACCUAUAGUCCAGCCAAUCCACAUCCUACCAGCCACUAUGAAACACUCGAUCCAUCUUUCUACGUCAGAGGCAGUGCUUUCUUCGAGGAAGGGAAGGUCUUUUCGAUUCUCUUUACUGAGCCAGCGAGUGCCAACGCCCUGAACGGGCUGAACCCCAUGGCCGACUACAAUACCAACCUCUCAAAGGUCAAAUACGAUGAAUAUGUGCAUACCCAAGUACGCAGGUUCAUCGUCGUUAAACGCAAACGAGAAUUUUGCUUCGCUGUUCCAAUCUUCACCUAUUACGGUAAAGCCACCACGAAGAGUGGAGUAGUCGCUGACGAGCACGCCAUUGCCUAUUCGUUAGGACAGCAACCGCAACUUGUACAGGGUGAAUCGCCGCUUCGGAAGGCUCCCAUCCCAAUCGUCAUGGAAGAAAACAACAGGACGCUGGUCCCGGCCUCCAGAAUCUACUUCGCCAUCCACCACCCGAUUCAAUACAACGUCAAGGUGAAAAACCUCGGCCACGUGCAUCCAGAUUAUCUUCCCACUUUCCUUGGCUACUGGAACCAGGAGAAUAGUGACUCAAAGCAAGACCCCGAGGUAACGCAAGACCCAAAUAAUACAGACAGAUUUUGA